AUGAAACUAGUUACAAUUUUGUUACUUCCCAUCGUAGUCCUGUAUGUGGUCAAUUCCAUAAACGCCCAAAGAAUUAGACCUGACGAACCACAAGAAGAACAACAAGGAGGACUUCUAGAAGAACAACAAGGCGCUCUACAAGGCGUCCAACUAGAAGAACAACUAGGAGGACUACUAGAAGAACAUCAAGGCGCCCUACUAGAAGAACAACAAGGCGUCCAACUAGAAGAACAACUAGGAGGACUACUAGAAGAAUCACAAGGCGACCAACUAGAGCAAGCACAGGGCGCCCUACAAGGCGACCGACUAGAAGAACAACUAGGAGGCCUAGUAGACAAACUACACGGCGACCGACUAGACGAACUACAAGGGGUCCCACUAGAAGAACAACUAGGAGGACUUCUAGAAGAACAACAAGGCGCUCUACAAGGCGUCCAACUAGAAGAACAACUAGGAGGACUACUAGAAGAAUCACAAGGCGACCAACUAGACGAAGCACAGGGCGCCCUACAAGGCGACCGACUAGAAGAACAACUAGGAGGCCUAGUAGACAAACUACACGGCGACCGACAAGACGAACCACAAGGCGGCCCACUAGAAGAACAACUAGGAGGACUUCUAGAAGAACAACAAGGCGCUCUACAAGGCGUCCAACUAGAAGAACAACUAGGAGGACUACUAGAAGAAUCACAAGGCGACCAACUAGACGAAGCACAGGGCGCCCUACAAGGCGACCGACUAGAAGAACAACUAGGAGGCCUAGUAGACAAACUACACGGCGACCGACUAGACGAACCACAAGGCGUCCCACUAGAAGAACAACUAGGAGGACUUCUAGAAGAACAACAAGGCGCUCUACAAGGCGUCCAACUAGAAGAACAACUAGGAGGACUACUAGAAGAAUCACAAGGCGACCAACUAGAGCAAGCACAGGGCGCCCUACAAGGCGACCGACUAGAAGAACAACUAGGAGGCCUAGUAGACAAACUACACGGCGACCGACUAGACGAACCACAAGGCGUCCCACUAGAAGAACAACUAGGAGGACUUCUAGAAGAACAUCAAGGCGCCCUACUAGAAGAACAACAAGGCGCUCUACAAGGCGUCCAACUAGAAGAACAACUAGAAGAAUCACAAGGCGACCAACUAGACGAAGCACAGGGCGCCCUACAAGGCGACCGACUAGAAGAACAACUAGGAGGCCUAGUAGACAAACUACACGGCGAUCGACUAGACGAACCACAAGGCAUCCCACUAGAAGAACAACUAGGAGGACCAUAAGGCGAACAACUAGAAGAUUGAGCUGCUAUAAAAAUUGUCCCGCAGAUUUGGCCCCAAUUUGUGGUACUGUGUUUCGUGACGGGCGAUUCAUCCACUGUAAUUUCAGAAACCAAUGUCAA